UGAAAUAUAGCAUCUCUCUGGAAGUGUCCCAUUAGAGAGCUUGAAUUACAGUCUUCUCUAGUAACCGGUUCUAGCGUGUCCUCAUCAUUUUGCCUCAUAAUUUCACACAGAGUGUCUUAAAAACUGCAAAUAAGGUCCACAGACCCCUUCAUAAAGGACCAGACCGGCCAGCGGAGGGCCGGGAGACGGUACAAACUUGCAACCGGAGCUAAGCGAGCCGUCUAAGCCCGACAGGAAUGCGAGUCUCUUAUUGGAAGUUAAAGAUAGAGGCGACACAUGCUGGAUCCUGACGGCUUCUCCUUUCAGUGGGUUGCCAAGAAUUCUAUGAGCUGCUUUUGUUGUGAAGUCGGACCUGACGAAGAACAUUAUUAGACCCGUUUCGGUGUUUGUGGGAACAGGAUCAUGGUGCUAUCUGAAGGAAUGAUCGAGGAGUCGGGCAGUAACAGCAGCAUCAUGGCAGACAGAAGGCAGCUGUUUGCUGAAAUGCGUGCACUGGAUCUGGACUCCAUCCGAUUGUCCACAUACAGAACAGCAUGCAAGCUUAGAUUUAUUCAGAAGAGAUGCAAUCUGCACUUGGUGGAUAUCUGGAAUCUUAUCGAGGUGUUUCGUGAAAACAGACUCAACACCAUGGACCUCAGCGCAGAGUUCUCAGUGUCGCACCUUCAAGCAAUCCUGUCCACCAUCUUUCACCAGCUGAACAAGCGUUUACCCACAACCCAUCAGAUCAACGUGGACCAGUCCAUCUCCUUCCUCCUUAACUUUCUGUUCGCCGCGUACGACCCGGAAGGUGGAGGAAAAGUCUCGGUGUUUGUGGUGAAGAUGGCCCUGGCCGCCCUCUGCAGAGGAAAGAUUUUGGAUAAACUGAGAUAUAUAUUUUCCCAGAUUUCAGACUCGAACGGAGUGAUGAUAUACACACAGUUGGAUCAGUUCCUGAGGGAGGUGCUCAAACUGCCCAUGACGGUUUUUGAGGGGCCAUCCUUUGGUUACACUGAACAGUCCACGAGAUCUUGCUUUCCUCAAGAGAAGAAGGUCACGCUCAACGUGUUUCUUGACACGCUCAUGUCAGAUCCUCCCCCUCAGUGUCUGGUUUGGUUACCGCUGAUGCAUCGGCUGGCAAAUGUUGAGAACGUCUUCCAUCCAGUGGAGUGCUCCUACUGUCACAGCCAGAGCAUGAUGGGAUUUCGUUACCGUUGCCAAAAAUGUGAUAAUUACCAACUCUGCCAGGAGUGUUUCUGGAGGGGCCAUGCCUCGGGCAGCCACAGCAACCAGCACCAGAUGAAGGAGUACAUGUCAUGGAAAUCUCCGGCUAAGAAGUUGUCGGACGCUCUUAGCAAAUCUCUGAGUUGUGCGUCCCACCGAGAGCCUUCGUACCCGAUGUUGUCCGAAGACCCUGAGAAACCGCUCAACCUCGCUCAUGUGGUGGACACGUGGCCUCCCCGACCUGUGACCAGUGGAAAUGAGUACAUGCUUUCUCACUCCAUGCCAUCCUCAGGAAACCCGUACUCUAGUAAAACAGGUGCUCACGAUGAGACCAAACAGAAGAGACUGUUUUCUCGGACGGCCCCAGAUCUCUUAAAGGGAAAGGGGGUUCAGUACAGCCUCGAUAUUGCCGAUAGGCUCGCCGAUGAGCACAUACUUAUCGGAUUCUAUGUGAAUCUACUUGAAAAGAAGCCCUCAUGUUUCCAGGAGAGCAGUAAAAACCAUGAUGAUGAACACUGCCUCAUUGCCCGUUACGCGUCCCGAUUGGCUGCUGACGGAGGUCUGUCGAAGAGCAGAGCGCCGUCAGAUAUCUCCUUGUGUUUGGACACAAAUAAACAGCAACGGCAGCUUAUCGCCGAGCUGGAGAACAAGAACAAGGAGAUUUUGCAGGAGAUUCAACGCUUGAGACAACAGCAUGAGGAAGCUUCUCAUCCUCCAUUUGACAAAAAUCAACAAAACCCAAUGUUACUGGCUGAACUGAGACUGCUCAGGCAAAGAAAAGAUGAGUUAGAACAGAGAAUGUCAGCCCUGCAGGAGAGCCGUCGAGAACUCAUGGUCCAGCUCGAGCAGCUCAUGCUGCUUUUAAAGACCCAAGGUCCUAGCUCCUCCCCUCGCUCCUCCCCCAGCCACACGGCCAACACAUCCAUCCAAUCAUCAUCCGGUUAUACCACACCCAUCCCCAUGCCUGUCCAGUCAACAUCCGGCAAUACCACGCCCAGUCAGACACCGCAGGACUCGCUCAUGGGCCUGGGAGGAGAAGUGCAGCAGGCCUUUGCUCAGGGCUCCAGAAGGAAUUUAAGAAACGAUCUCCUGGUGGCUGCAGACUCUAUAACCAACACGAUGUCUUCAUUAGUUAGAGAACUCAACUCAGAGGUGGAGAGUGAAACCAACUGCUUCUCUGACCUCACGUUCCAGAUGCCAGAUGUUCCCUAUCCACAGACCAAUUUAUCUAGAACAGGGGCAGUGGGUCAGAUGGAGGCCGGAGGGUUUUAUGGGAAUGAUCUGGAAAAACGUCUGGACAAAGAGUUAAAGAUGGAGGAGCGACUGAGACGCGCACAAGAUCAGGACAAGAACUUCCUGGUGACCUUACAAGAGUAGCUGCAUUUUAAUAAGCAACGGACGAGCUACUUCAUAAAAGCACUGUGCAGUUAUCACACCCGACACAACACCUCUGGAAUACUGUGGUACACAACCCAAUCUAGAAAUAUAGAAAUAUAUUUUUAGAACCUACAACAUGUUUAAGACAAUACUGUGAAACAACUUGGAGCAAACAAUGGAACUACAACACCAUCAGUGCCAUACAAUCCAAUGAUUUCGAGGUUAUUUCCUUUACUCUGUGUUAAUGUGAUUUGGUUUGGUUUGAUUUUCAUGACGUAGCUGUUGAAAGAAUUAUACUGUAUUUAAAUAUCUGUUGGGCAAAGUGUUCUUUAACGAAGCUGCUAUCUUUACAAACGACAUCUUUUCUUUUUGUACAAGCAGAAUAAGAGACCCGAUGGUCUUUUAAAGCUUAUAAAUAAUAGAGUUUUGUGUAGCUUGGACUUUUCUUGAAAAGUUAAAUCAUUUGAGAUUUUAUCAUUGUCUUUGAUACACAACUUAAUACACUGCCUUAGCACAUGAGACUAUGUUUGUUUUUAGGAGGUUAGGUACAGAAUGUGUACUGUUGAAAUGGAAUAAUUGUAAAGACAUUUUAAUUAAAGGUGGACAUAACAAACGAGUGAAUCGCACAAGAAUAUCUCUGGGCUACAUUUCUCCCACAGUCCACAAAAGGAAAAAAAUUGCAUAAAUUUGUCAUUCGAAUGUUUGGACACAAUCUAAGAAAAGUUAAGCUUAAAUAUAGUGGAAAAAUAUCAUAAUGCAAAUCAUCUUAAUGUCAGUUUCUUUGAGUAAACUUUAAUUUCUCGUUUCUUUCUCAUAAUUAAAGGGUGAAAUAUUACCCUGACAUAUUCUUGAGGUUUAUUGCGAUUCACCCAAAUAAAUCUUUGUACCUCUGCGUUCAAUGCAAGACAUCAUUUGGCUCUCACAGGCCACAGUUUAUUUAUCUUGCUAUGUUAUUUAACUUGCUAAAGUUUUAACUGCUGAGAGGGGAGAAAAGACGUUAUAGGCAAACUUGAAAAGCACAUCUUGCAGUUUGUGACGCUGCUGAAUGUGCAGUUGUGGUACUGAAGAUUUCUUUGGAAAUGCAUUUCAGAGAACAUUACGGAGACUGUAUGUUUGUAAAAGUGUCACUUGGGUUUGACCAUCUGCAGUUUGUUAUGUCGAUGUGUUUUUUUGCAUUCGCUCCGGUCACACUGCAGAGGUCACAUGGUUUACCUGUGCUUCUUCAGACUGGCAGAUAUAGACCAGUACAAAAACAGCAUCCACGCUCUGUUGCCAAUCAUUGCACUUUUCAGUGAUUUUGCAUGGUACUAAAGAGAAAUAAAAUAUUGCAUACAUUGUACAAGUA